ACGCUACAGUUCACUUGGUCGAACAGAAGACCAGGACCUAUACACUUUCUGACCAAGGUUUCUUGUUGAAACUAGAAUCGGAGUUAAAGCGGCUUGGACAAUUCUCAAAAUCAUGUGGAAGUACGUCGUUUUGAUAAUAUGGCUAGACAUAUCCCAAGUGAAUGGAUACUCGACAGGUGCAGUUUCUAGUGUGUGCAACACAUUAUUACCGGGACAUGGCGUUUCAUCGCAGCCUGUUACCACUAAUCCGUAUACUAUCACUACUGAUGUACAAACCUUUCAUGCUGGCAGCUUCGUAAACUUUACUAUUGCCGGAGCCGAUUUUAAAGGAUUUAUGCUUCAAGUAGAUGGAUUUUCUGAUAGCGCUUAUGGGGAGUUUGUUUCGAUUCCUGGGGGAACUAAGCUUCUUAACUGUGGUACUCGCUCGUCAAAUGCUGUGACUCACAGUAAUUCUAAUACCAAGACUAGUGUCACUCUUAAGUGGCAGGCCCCAUUGGAAAACCUAGAAGGACAUGCUUUAAGCGCUGUUGCAACAAUUGUUCAACAGCGUUUGACGUUUUGGGUGAGACUACAAUCUUCGCUGAUUAGGGGUGUUCCAGUGCCUGUUUGCUCCCUCAAUUGUCAAAAUUCGGGAAGUUGUAUUUUUGACAGCUCUGGAAACGAAAUUUGCGACUGUGUGCCUGGAUUCGCUGGACCAACAUGCAAACGAAGUGUUGUGUAUUGCCCAUGCGAAAUUCCCGUGUAACCUAUGGGUACCCAGAGAACACAUGGAAAAUAAUCAUUAAUGUAGUCUUUUUGGUGUUUUGCUAAAUAAGUAAAUAAGCGAUAUAUAUAUAUAUAUAUAU